AUGGACCCCCUCUCCACGACCAACGGCCCACAAACCUCCAUACCACCACCCAGUCUCACAGACGGCCAAAAGGGUAUCAUAUUUCCCGUCGCGCUCCAACUCAAACAGCGUCCACACCCAAAUGUCGGCACAUACGUCCAGAACUGGCACCCACCCUCCGCAAUCGCGGCGCGCUUCGGACUCCCUCUCCAGUUCGGAAACUGGCUAAGCUACUCCGGCGCCAAAAAGAACGACUACGCAACCAUGUUCAUGCUCGACAUUGAUCCGGAUUCGGAGACAUUCGGUCUUCCAAAGGCGUCCCCGGGUCACGGCGAUCCCCGCGAUAGGUUCUACGGCGAUGCAGUGGUAAUCCGCACCGAUGGGGAAGAUAUCGAUUGCUACUCGGAGGUCCUCGUGAUUGCCGAAUACAUACGCAUCAAAAUCCUCCCCCUGUUAGCGCAGUUCCGGAAAAUCACGACCGAGGCGUCGGGGAUGCGGGCGCCGUGGUUGGAACUUUGCUUGAAGAGGAUGACGAGAGGCGAUCUUGUGAGGUGGUUUAAGGGGAUUACGGCUCUUGGACGGCUGGAGUGUUUGAGGGGGGAGAUGGUGGAUAUGAAGACGAUGCGGUUGAUUCAUAAGGUUCCGAAGAAGGAGAAGGGGAAGAAGAAGGGCGCCGCGAUGAAGGAUGGGAGGAGGGAUAGUGUGGUGGUUAUGCGGUGA